CACGCACAAUGUAGUUCCGGUUCAAUUUCCCUCUUCAGUAAAUGUGUGACAACAUCAAAUAGUUUUUUUAUACAGCAUCUAGCAAGUUAAUUUAAAAAACAAUAUGCCUGGGGCAGACAAGGAAACAGAUCUUACGGAACGAAUCGAGGCUUUUCUUGCCGAUUUGAAGCGGGGAGGCAGUGGGACAGGACCCCUCCGAGGGUCGGGGGAAAUGGCCAGAGAAACCACAUAUUUGCUUCGGAGAAUAACAGCCCAAGCACGAUGGAGCAGCGCAGGUGACCUGAUGGAGAUCAUUCGCAAUGAGGGAAGGAGAAUGACGGCCGCCCAACCGUCCGAGACCACCGUGGGCAACAUGGUACGCCGCGUGCUCAAGAUCAUCAGGGAGGAGUAUGCCAGGUCCCGUGGUAGCAGUGAGGAGACCGAGCAGCAGGAGUCCCUCCACAAGCUGCUGACGGCAGGGGAACUGAGUGAGGAGAACUUCAGACAACACUUUGUUCAUCUCAAAGCCAACGUCAUAGAGGCCAUUAAUGAACUCCUCACAGAGCUGGAUGGCACCACAGACAACAUCGCCAUGCAGGCCCUGGAGCACAUCCACUCCAACGAGGUCAUCAUGACUGUCGGCCGCUCACGCACCGUCGAGGCCUUCCUCAAAGACGCAGCGAGGAAACGCAAGUUCCACGUCAUCGUGGCCGAGUGUGCCCCCUUCUGCCAGGGUCAUGAAAUGGCUACAGGUCUCUCCAAAGUGGGCAUUGAGACCACUGUGAUAGCAGAUGCUGCCAUAUUCGCAGUGAUGUCCCGAGUGAAUAAGGUCAUCAUCGGCACACAGACGGUUCUGGCCAAUGGCGGGCUCCGGGCGGUCAACGGAACCCACUCUGUAGCUCUAGCAGCCAGACACCACUCUACUCCUCUCAUCAUCUGUGCUCCCAUGUUCAAGCUCUCGCCUCAGUUUCCCAAUGAAGAGGACACAUUCCAUACGUUUGUCCCACACGAGGUGCUUCCCUUCACAGCAGGAGAGAUUCUAUCCAUGGUCAACGUGCACUGCCUCGUGUUCGACUAUGUUCCUCCUGAACUCAUCACUCUGUUCAUCUCUAACAUCGGCGGCAACGCUCCCUCUUACAUCUACCGGCUGAUGAGUGAGCUCUACCACCCUGAGGACCACAAACUGUAAUCAGUGGACAGAAAAUGCUCAUGAUAAUAAAUAAAAAGUUUUACGCAA